UGAAAUGGUAAAGUGGGUAUAGGGAAGGUUGAAGAAGGAGGAAUAAUUGGUAUUAUUGUAUAGAUGUAAAGGGAAAAGGUGGAAUGGAAUAAAUAAGAAGAGAGAAUGGAAGUGAAGAAGAAGAAGAGAUGAGAAUGGUUGAAAGUGAGAGAGAGUAAGAUGCAAUUCCACUGCUUUCAUUCUCACCACAAACUGACACUUCCACUUCAACAAGGUCACUCUCACAUCUUCUUUACCAUUAUCUUUUUUCCUCUCUCCUCUCUCCAUCCAUCUCUCUUCCCUUUUCCCUUUCCGAUUAGAUCUGAUCCAACUCUUCCUCAUCAAUGGCCUCCGCUAGCCUCGGAACUGGUGGGGUCGGCAGUUCCAGGUCCGUUAACGCUGCCUUCAGGGGUUCUUCCAGUUCCGUCGAUUGGCUUGGCAGAGAGAUGCUCGAGAUGAGAUUGAGAGACCACGACGAAGACAGGGAUAGUGAGCCUGACAUCAUCGAUGGUGUGGGUGCUGAGACCGGGCACGUGAUAAGAACCAGUAUCGGUGGCCGAAAUGGUCAAUCUAAGCAGAAUGUCAGUUAUAUUGCAGAACACGUGGUUGGAACAGGCUCUUUUGGUGUUGUUUUUCAGGCAAAAUGUAGAGAAACGGGAGAGAUUGUAGCCAUCAAGAAGGUUCUCCAGGACAAGCGCUACAAGAAUAGAGAGUUACAGAUUAUGCAAAUGCUGGAUCAUCCAAAUAUUGUUGCCCUACGACAUUGUUUCUUCUCAACAACUGACAAAGAAGAAGUUUACUUGAAUCUUGUCCUUGAAUAUGUUCCUGAAACCGUGAAUCGUAUCGCAAGGAGCUACAGCAGGAUUAACCAGCGAAUGCCUUUGAUAUAUGUAAAGCUCUAUACCUACCAGAUUUGCAGGGCACUUGCUUAUAUACAUAACUGCAUUGGUAUAUGUCACCGUGACAUCAAACCUCAGAACCUACUUGUGAAUCCGCAUACUCAUCAGCUGAAACUAUGUGAUUUUGGUAGUGCAAAAGUGUUGGUAAAAGGAGAACCAAACGUUUCUUACAUCUGUUCAAGAUACUACCGUGCUCCGGAACUUAUAUUUGGGGCCACCGAAUAUACAACUGCCAUAGACAUAUGGUCUACUGGUUGCGUAAUGGCUGAAUUACUCCUUGGACAGCCAUUGUUUCCUGGAGAGAGUGGAGUUGAUCAGCUAGUUGAAAUCAUCAAGGUUUUGGGAACUCCAACUAGGGAGGAGAUAAAGUGCAUGAACCCUAAUUAUACUGAGUUUAAGUUUCCACAGAUAAAACCUCAUCCAUGGCACAAGGUCUUUCAGAAACGUUUACCCCCGGAAGCAGUGGAUCUUGUCUGUAGGUUCUUUCAGUACUCUCCCAAUUUGAGAUGCACUGCGUUGGAGGCUUGCAUUCAUCCCUUUUUUGAUGAAUUGAGGGACCCGAACACCCGUCUUCCUAAUGGUCGACCACUUCCUCCACUUUUCAAUUUUAAAUCUCAGGAACUUUCUGGCAUACCCCCUGAUGUCAUCAAUCUUCUUAUUCCAGAGCAUGCGCGUAAACAGAACUUAUUUAUGGCUUUGCACACUUAGCUAUUUUACUCUCUAAGUUGUCGUCAUUUUCUAGCAGCCUGUAAAUUAUCUGGUGCAUCUGAGAAAAACUCCACAGAAAGAGUUCUUAGAAUUAUAUUUUAUUAUAUAUAAUAUAAUAUAUAACGUUUUUUUUUUCUUUUUGAAA